CUUGUUCGUGCUUACAGCCUCUUUUCCUCGGCCUCCUCUCGCCGCCGUCUCGUGCCCCGCUCGUUCCUUCUCAUUUUCUCUGCUAGACAUUCUGUACUCUCUGUGCGUUUCCUCUGACUUGACAAUAUACUUAGUUGAAGAAACGAUCUCUGUAUCACUGCUGGAAGAAAAAUUUGACGAUAGAGAAGUAGGGUUUUAGGUUUGGAUUGCGGGGUACUGCCAUGGGAGGAGGAAGAAAGAACUUGCUGCGGGCAAAACAGGAACUGGACGUGGCCCUUCAAGACGGCCAAAGUAUCACGAAGGUCGUCUCUCUUCGUGGUUCUAAUCUCAUUGAGGUAAUGGAUGCACGCGGUGAGAAAUUACUAGCUCUUUUUCCAGCUAAAUUCCAGAAGAGCAUGUGGAUAAAACGAGGCAAUUAUGUUGUCGUUGAUGAAAGUGGAAAGGAAAAAGCUCUUGAAUCGGGUAGCAAAGUUGCAUGUAUUGUUACCCAAGUUCUAUACCAUGAACAAGUUCGGGCCCUUCAGAAGUCUCCACAAUGGCCUGCGAUUUUUAAAUCCGGGGCUACAGAUGAUUCAAAUGAAAAUUUGCAUGGAAACACCUCCCAACCAGAGAUUGAGAGGGACUCUAGUGAUGAUGAUGAUGGACUACCCCCAUUAGAAGCCAAUACAAACAGGUUGAGACCUUUCGAGUUGCAAAUGGAGGAUGAUUCUGAGUCCGAUUCUGAUACAGAUGAUUGAAUCAU